AGGCGCAAGGGAUAGAGUAGUAUCUUCGUCGUGCCUAGCAACUUGAAAUUGUGCGGCGUUCUUCCGAUCAUCAGCGCAUCCUCGUUCCUUGUGUCCAGUUGUAUUCGAUCCAUACAUUGUGAAAAUCGUGGGUAACGAUAAACCCUGGUGCGCGGUUUCAGCUUGGUUCAGUCGAAACAUGCCUGCUGUCGUCAACAAUCUCGUGCGCGCAGCUGCGGUGGGCAGCAGCGGUAUUCUGCCAUCCACGCUGGUGACGAAAAUUUCUCCCAUUGAGCCGCCGCUAGGAAAUUUGUUGCAAGCUUCCAGGGACGCCGAAGCCCCGCUGGUGGGGCCCCUGUCGUACGGUUACGAUGACAAGAAUCUGCUGAAACUGGAAACGCCCUACCCAUCUUCCUCGCUGAGAGAAAGCAGCAAUUUCCUGUCUCCUCGUAGAGAUCACGGCGGGGUGGAAGUUGUUGUAGAUCACACUACAACUAGUGCGUCUAGGUCUAACCAGCUCGACGUGCUUGAGCAGAACACGUCGACCGUGACCGAAUUGCUGCAAGACAUCAAAGGUGCAGAGCAAAAGGCGGUCCUCCUGACCGAAGCUGACCCUUGCUGUCUGGACUGCACCAACAACAAGUCCAAAUACUACUCGAUCGACCACUUGCACGUGAUGUGCGGCGAAACCUGCAUGAUGGACUGGCAGUACCCGAUUUUCAAGCUGUUUGAGCCGGGUCUGACCAAGGCGCACGCGGUGGACGAAACGAUUUGCAAGGAAAAGGGGUAUUCGACCUACAAAGAAACUGUGACGCACGGGUUCGGGCCGAUCAAGUCGACCUUGGACCUUUACGCGCCGGAUCCGGCCGGUAGUGGUGGACUGCUGGCUGCCUCGUCUUCGGAAAUGGACGAUAAGGCAGGCACAAAUUCUAGCGUGGCUACUUCUACUGCGACCUCCGCUUCCAGUGCCCGCUCGAGCACGAGCACCGAUCAUAAGAGUGAAGACGAGCGGAUGAAGGUCGAGGAUGGUUCAUCGAGCACGGCGGUGGUGGAUGGAGCGUUGCGGUUGCCGGUAUCGGAACCUGAGCGAGUUGGACCAGCAGCGGAUCUGAUGGCGUAGCCACGUUGGCGUUCUUAGCGAGGAUGUCGCAACCACAAGACAAGGAAAACUACAGUGGAGGACGCCCGAUAUCCACCAUGUGCUGUGUAAUCAUAAAAAAAACACACAUCGCUCUAAUCGAACUCACGACCACCUCCGCGACCACCACUUCCAAAACAUAGACGAAUGUAAAGUAGUAAAGCCAGCAUAACAAGCGGUAGAAACUAACUUUCCUUCUACUGGCAAGAAAUCCCUCGCUUUUCAUCAAUUUUCAUCGUGUGCAGCUUACAUUGCAGAGCAGGAGGUGGACGCCGCCGUAUUAUAAUUGCAAGGAAAUGCAGAACCUCGUCAACAACCACGAGAAUAUACUGAAUACCACAACCAAGCUCCUUCUUCUGAAAAUAAUUUUGCUGAUCACCAAGUAGAUGAAUUUGAAUUUAUGCAGUUGCGG